CAGCAGCAGCAGCUCCCCUUGAGAAAAGUGAAAGCCAACGCCCCACUGUCAGCUCCUCCGCCCGGCCCUCCUUCCUCACACACACAGCACAGUGUCUGCCAAGCUGCCGCAGUCGUGACUGAGUCCAUUUCACCAAGAUUUUUUCAACGGAGAAGUUGAUUCAUCCGACUGGGAGGGCUUCUCCCUUUUCCGCUGGAACUUUUUCUUCUUUUGGGCGCUCAGGACAAGUUUGUUUAUUCAAACGCUGCUCGUCGCUUUCUGGCGAUAAGGCUCAAACGCAAAUACACAGUCGGUGUAUAAUAAGUUAUUUGUUCCACAAUGGCUGAUACUACCACGGCCAGCCCCGGGGCCGCCUGCCUGGAGAAGAUGAAAAGUUACGUGAGGACCCAGAAAGGGACUAUCCUCGCAGCAGAAAUAGUAGUCAGUCUCAUCAUCCUCAUCUGCUAUGCUGCGUCUUAUACUGGUUCCUACUCCGCCGUCGCCAUAUGCGAGAUGAUCUUCUCCAUAGUCUUCUUCGUCAUCUUCAUGCUGGAGAUGGACAAGCAGAUCCAAUACAUCAACUGGAUGUGGACUGAUCUUUUCCGUGCUGGUAUUGGUGCAUGCCUUUACAUCAUCACUUCUCUGAUCUGUGUGAUUGGAGGGCGUGGAGACGGCGCUCGGAUCGCAGGCGGGGUUUUUGGUUUGAUCGCUGGUCUGUUGUUUGCCUAUGACACCUACACCAUCUUCCUGCAAAUCAAGAGCACCAGGCAGCACACAGCAGCUUCCACUGACGACAGAGUUUAAACACUCGGAGACGCGGACCUUUGCCAAGAACGCAGCAGAAGAACAAAGAGGAAUUUGUGCAGAAGUUAACGGAAGAGAGGAUCAGAGAGGACGAUGGACAGUAAAACGAACAGGUCACAGCUUAAUCAAUGCCACUGUAAGGUGUGAACAGACGAGAGAUUGGUACUGUACAUCUGUGCCUGCACAUUAAGACAAAAUAGUGUCUACUACAUGAGGAAUUCCCCUCAAACCUUUACACCAACCUCAAUGUACCACUGAUUAAAAAAGGGCAAACUGUAAAUAAUAGGCAAUGUUUGUCUAAUAAACAUGUCUACCGUUAAUGGACUGCUGUAGUCAGUAGUAACUGUGUCAUUUGGUAAGUAACUGACACAUGAAUGGAUAUUUUAAGGAUUGUUUAACAUCAUAAUUGUGCACUUCUUGAGUGUGUUUUUUCCUGUUUUCAGAGAGGUUUUUGAGCUGGCAAAAUAUCCCCUGUAAUUUAAAGGUACUAUGUGGAAUUUUCAGAAAAUAGUUGUUAUAAUGACAUCGGUAACGUUAAGUAAACUGCAGCCUGCAUCUGCAAAUGUCCCGGAUAUCUGCCAAAACACUGAUAUAUCCGAGACUGAACGUGAUUGAUUGUGUCAUGUUCAUGUUUAUAUAUCAUGUUGAGCCAUGAUACUAACUAGUUUGCCGUUUGCUAAUUAUUUUUAUCAGCUAACAUUGUGAAGCAACCAAUGCCAGAUCCAUGCCACAUCGCUAAGUUAAAGCUAGUUAGCUUAGGUUAUAGUUAAAUAGUUGCCUUGCAUCAAUCUUGGCACGUAGAAAGCAGUCAUCAGUUAUACACCUUUGCUUUGUACCAUUAAAUCAUGGUACAAAGCAACGGUCUUAGCUGGUGAAGUAAUUUGGCAAACUAGCCAACUAACAUAACUACUCAGAUAGUACUUUGCAAGUGAUACUGUUUGCAAGUAAACAAGCAAAGGGGAAAAACAGGGAAGCUAAGCUUUCUUACAAUAGGAAAAUCAGUCACAUUGCUUUCUUGGCUUAUGUGGACUUUGUGUUGGACUGUGUUGAGGUGGAUGCCGGUCGUUUGUUGAUGUUAGCAGAAUUUCUAAGGGUGCAGUCUGAUUGGCUAGUAGUUCCUCACUAAGUGAACUGCACCAGGUAUUCAGCCAUGCUUAGUAAGGUUCAAACUGUAGUGAUAAAAAAAAAUGCUCUUUUCAAAGGGAACUGUGAACUGUGUAGGGAAAAACUGAACAGCCGUUCAAUCUUUCAAUACUGAUUUAACCAGUAUUGAAGUAACAUCUCUGUGUGACUUUAAUUUUGAAAAAACGUUAUUGUAAGCUGCUGUAGUUGGAAACAAAAGUAGCUUAACCAACAGGGAAGUACAGCACUGCAGCCAGCGCUGUGCUCUAAAGAUAUUGCUGUUCAAUAUCAUUGCAAUAUUUAACAAUCAUGUCAUUGAUUUGUUACUAUUAAUUCAGGAUCCUGAAGGAGAAAUUUAUUCACAAGAUACAUUCAUAUUCAGUUAAAUUUCCACAGUUGCAGCAACAGAUACCCAAGCUGUCGAUGUUACCAGAGUGAUGCACAGAUGUGUGAUGUCUGCGUUGGUAAUACUGCAGAGUGUUUCUGUACACUGCGGACCAGAACGCAGCUCAAACUAACGUUAGCUAGUGUUGCACACAUUUUCCCUGCAAAACCAUCCUUUACAUAGAAACCAGUCCACAGGCUGUUUAAUGCAGCCAAGAAAGUGUCUCAUAUUGUCUCAGUUAAGUUACAUCUUCACAUAGUACCUUUAAUCACUGCUCCUUAGAGUGUGCCGCGUGUGUUACAGUGCCUUAAAGUCUCAUUCAAAUUAACCAGUUUCUUCAUCUUAUCCAUCUUAUAUAUUCUUGAAGCCUAAAUUUUGAAGUGGCCUACUGACGAUCAGAAAUCUUCUGGCUGUUUUAGUGCUAAUUUGAGUUUAGUCUGCAUUGUUAGAGGCGUUAGACGUCCAUUAACCAUCAGCCAGCUCAUUCAGUGUCAUCCUCCAGUUUCACAUUUCAUUCUUGCUCAGGUUGUUUUCAUUUUUCUUAUAUUUGUAAUACAUUUUUAAGGUGCAGAAUAUUGUUCUGUUGACGUUUUAUACAGUCCAGUAGUAAAGUCCAGUUUUUUUUUGGUUCAUGUUUUGGUUUCUUUUUAUUGAUGAGGUAAAUAGAGAAAGAAGAAUCACAUUUCAUGAUGUGUACAUCACAGCUAUAUAUCUGUAACUGUUUCCUCUACUCUUUGAUGGUUAUUUGUCCAAGUAAACACAUUGCCUUAUUAUUAUUAUUAUUAUUAUUUCUAACAUGCUUUAAAAGAGUCUGCAGUUUGUCAUUUCAAAAUUCAAAGCAGGCUUGCUUUGGGGAAAUAAAAGCCAUUGUUACUACGAAGAAAA